AUGAUGUGAUGUCACUGUUGUUCGUUGUUUAUUUGAAGUUGUUUUGUCUGAAGUAAAUAUGUCGGAAUACGACAGUAUACGCAGGGGAAAAUUAGUUUUAAAAGGAGAAAAACAAAAAAGUAGAAAACGUAAACAUAAAAGUAAAAAACAUGAAGAAGAAGCUCCAAAAGUUGAUCUUGAUCGAGUGAAACACGGAAACUGGUGGAAGGUGACCAAAAUAGAAGAAAUAUCCGGACCAAUUGCUAUAGAAUUUGGUGACCAGACAUACGUUAGCGCAUUAGACAAUGGUCUCUUCACUAUUGGAGCCCCACAUAACGAAGGAGAUGGUCCCUCUCCUGAAGAAAUCCUUACUGCUGUUCUGGUAGACGAAAAAAAAGUUGCCUUUAAAUCAGGAUACAAUAAAUAUCUACGAGUGGAGAAAAAUGGAAUCGUAACAGGUCGAUCUGACGCUAUCGGCCCCAUGGAACAAUGGGAACCUGUAUUCCAGGACGGCAAAAUGGCCUUGCAAUGUGCUAAUGAGUGUUUCUUGAGUAUUGACCCGGAAGAUGAUUCGGUAGUAGCAAAGACUCGAAGAGCUGGCCCCGAACAAUUUCUUACACUCAGAUCACAGACGGUGAAAGAAGAGAAUCCCCUCAAAGACGUUCCAAGUGAAGAACAGGGUAAUAUUUCGCAAAUAGAAAUAAAUUAUAUUAGGAAAUUCCAGAAGUUUCAAGAUAAGAAGUUAAAAAUUUGUACAGAGGCUAAAGACGUACUGAAGAAAGCUAAAGAAGAAGGUAGUUUACACGAAGCAAUGUUGGACCGCAGAUCUAAAAUGAAAGCAGACAGAUAUUGUAAAUAAAGCAAUUUUAAGAGUAAAUGGAAAUUUUAAAAAUAAGUGUAAUGAUUGUAAACAUAAGAAAUAAAUGAAAUGAAAAAAGUUGGUGAAUGAUUUGUGGUCUGAA